AUGAGUUCGGAAGAAGAUAGUGACGAGAUUUACGAUGAAAUUGAUCGUCAUCAUAUGUCACUUGAUAUAUCUGAUAAUGAGAAAGGAUAUCCUGUGACUCGUAAACAUGUGGAGGUGUUAAACGUCGAAGGAGAUUCAUCUAAUGAUGAUGACAAUGAAGAAGACAGUAAUCCUUUCUCGGAUACUGAUGAAGACGGUGUAAACAACGUCGAGAAGUUCUUACCUUCGGCGGAUAAAUGGGGCAAUGGUCGGAGAAGUUUCUACAACACUUCGUAUGUUGACGAAGACUGGGGUGGCAUGAAUGAAACGGAAGCGGAAUUAGCCGAAUUGGAAGAGGAAGACGCUAUUGCAAGGCAAAAGAAACUAGAUGCUGCUCUUGGCCUUUUGCCCAUGCAGUUGCAGGAUGAGCUGCAGGAAGAGGAAACCACUCAUGAUUUGAACGAGCUCCCAGAUAUCAAAAGCAUGACUGCAGAACAGCGACAUGAAUACUUUUUAAAAGUUAAUCCUGAUUUGGAGCAGAUAUUUAACGAGUACCAAGCAAAAAGAGCAUAUUUCUUUACGGACGUUCUUCCUCUCUUGGAUUUAGCUCAUUCACUAAAACAUGUUCGACCAGGCUUAAUGUUAGAAAAGCAACUAGUUCUUGCAAUCAACGUAUUUUCAAGAUACCUGACCAAUUUGUUAUUUGCAUUUCAUAUAAAAAUAGUCGGAAGUUCAUAUCAGGAAGCUCCUAAAUUUAUUGGCCAUCCUGUUCUGCAGGCUCUUUUAACUUUUCAGAAAGAAGUGUUCGCUGUUAUGCAUUUCCUUGAAAAACACAGUGCCAUUCUGCAAACGAUAAGAAAUAAUCUUAAAUCGAGGGAUUUCGAGAAUAUAUUGGAUACAUUUGCAACAGUAGAGUUUGUACAGAAGUCAAGAAUUUCUAAGACAGAUAAGAGAAAUGAACAGUUACGAAUCGAAGAUGAUAGAAUGGAUCGUGAAGUUCGAAUUGUGAAUGACGAAAUAAACGAAGGAACUAUGAAACGUUCAAUAACCAACCAAAUUGAGAAGAAUAGAGGUUUGCAAAAUAAGCGGAAGAAAGGAACACAUCAUUCAAGAGUCAAAAAGAGGAAGCAGUUCAAGAAAGCAUUAAUAAAAAAACACUCGCAAAAGGCUGAUGCGCGGAGGGAAUUAACUCCAUACGGUGGUGAAACUCGAGGAAUCAGAGCAUCAGCCGUGAGAAGCGUUAAACUAAAAGCUUAG